ACUGAAACACCUGUAGUGCUGUUGGUAUGAUGAUGAUGAUGAUGAUGAUGAUGGAGGCUAUGGUUGCUACAGUUUCUGUCCCUUUUCCUUCCAUACUGACUGUCUUGACUGAAGACUUGCUUUUACGAAUACUUGACAUGCUCGUCGACGACUCCCACCGGAAAUCCUUGCGUUUGGUUUGCAAAGAGUUUCUCCGGUUGGAAUCCCUUAAUCGUCGAUCCCUUCGUGUCCUCCGCCAUGAUUCUCUGCCUCGCCUCCUUCGCAGGUACCAAUUCCUUGACCUCCUCGACCUCUCUGUAUGCCCCUGUAUUGACGAUGCUACCAUGACCCUCCUUUUCGGGAUCCCAAACCCCUACUCCUGCUUGGCUCGAUGGAUCAAAACCUUGGUUCUUUCCAGAGCAUGCGCCUUGAGAUCAGGUGGCUUGGAGGUGGUGGUGAAGUCGCUCCCCUGUCUGCAAGAGAUCGACUUGUCUUAUUGCCGUGGGUUUGGAGAUCGGGAAGCUUCGGCCCUCUCGUACGCCCAAGGAUUGAAGGUUCUGAAACUGGUCAAGUGUUUGGGCAUCACCGAUUUCGGAUUGGCCAAGAUUGUUGUUGGGUGUGUUAGGUUGGAAAGCCUGAACUUGAAAUGGUGUUUGAAGAUCACAGAUCUCGGAAUCGAGCUUCUGUCCAAGAAGUGUACCGCCCUGAGAAUCCUUGAUCUCUCUUAUCUCAAGGUGACCAAUAAAUCCCUUCAUUCUAUCUCUUCUCUCUGGAGACUGGAAGUUCUGCACAUGGUAGGGUGCUCCUCUGUAGAUGACAAUGGCUUGCAUUUUCUAAGUAAUGGAAACCCUUCACUCCUGUCUAUUGAUGUAUCAAGGUGUGAUAAUGUGAGUUCACGAGGCUUACUUUCGGUUAUUAGAGGACAUAAGGGUCUGCAUCAGAUCACUGCUGGUUACAGUUUUUCUGAGCUUUCCAAACCUCUUGUCUACAAAUUGGGCGAGUUGAAAAACCUGAAAUCCAUUAGAGUUUAUGCAGCUCGAGUGUCUGAUUGGAGCCUUGGGAUCAUCGGCAACAAUUGCAAGCAGUUGGUCGAAAUUGGACUGAGCAAAUGCACAGGGGUGACUGAUUUAGGCAUAAAAAAGCUGGUAUCCGGUUGUCCUGAUUUGAAGAUACUUGAUCUUACAUGUUGCCAUUUAAUCACCGAUGCAGCACUUUCUGCUAUAGCAGACUCCUGUAAGAAUCGUUUGUGCCUCAGGUUGGAGUCUUGUAAUUUGAUCACGCAGAUGGGUCUUGGUCGUCUUGGAUCAUGUUGCCUGCUUUUAGAGGAGCUUGAUCUCACCGAUUGUAUGGGUGUGAAUGAUGCAGGUCUCGAGCAAUUGUCAGGAUGUUUGGAGCUCCUGUGCUUAAAAUUGGGGCUUUGCACGAACAUUUCAGACAAGGGUCUGAUCCAUAUCGGAUAUAAAUGCACAAAGCUACUUGAACUCGAUCUAUACCGCUGCAAGGGCAUUGGAGACUAUGGAUUGGCUGCCAUUGCAAAUGGAUGCAGGAAGCUAAAGAAGUUGAACUUAUGUUAUUGUGUGGAGAUCAGCGAUGAAGGCCUAAAGUAUAUAAGCACUCUAGAAGAGCUAUUAGACUUGGAGAUUCGUAGGUUAGUGAAGAUCACUAGUCUGGGAUUGACAGCUAUUGCAGUUGGGUGCAAGAGCCUGGCAGAAUUGGACAUGAAGAGGUGUUAUAGCAUCUGUGAUGCAGGUUUAUGGUCUCUUGCCCACUAUUCGCCAAACAUCCGGCAGAUAAACCUGAGCUACUGCCGGAUAUCAGAUGUAGCAUUGUGCAUGGCGAUGGGAAAUAUGAAGUGCCUACAGGACGCAAAGCUGGUGCACCUUACCCUUGUCUCAGUGGAAGGGUUUGAACUGGCGCUUAGAGCUUCCUGUGUUCGACUCAAGAAGUUGAAGUUACUGAGCACUCUUAAGUUCUUGCUGUCCGCAGAGCUGCUUCAGAUGCUGCAAGCUCGGGGUUGCAAGAUUAGGUGGAUGGAGAAGGCUUUGGUCUUGAGUUAACAUGAAACCAUGUUUCUUCUUCUUCUAGUACUAUGGUUGGUCCACCUAGCCAAGCGUGGUUGUGUAGCACCUGGAAUAGGGUGGGUUGAUGGACCAAAACAUCUUCCUUCUACUAAGAAAUUGAAAAGAAGAUUUAGUGUAAUAAGUUAGACAGUUAAGUCAUAAAUUGAAUGUCUCUUAAUUGUACAAGAUUUGAGCUCUGUACCCUUUUCUUUACUAUUACUCACCCUGAACCAAAACAUUAGAACUGUUUGAUAGAUUUCUAGUUUUUGGUUGGCCAAAAGGUGGUCCUAGAGAAGAUGUGGAAUCCGCUUACCAAAACAGAGCAAAAUGGGGUGGGCGAAUGAA